AUGGAACUGCCUCUAUAUUCGCCCGCAAGGAAUGCAAAUUUAUCCCAUCUACCCCAGCGGCCGCCAAUCAAUCUUAGCUUCCAAGAUCUCUCCUACACUGUCUCCAAUGGAAAAGUAUCUAAAAUGAUUCUACGUGGCAUCAAUGGAGAUUUCCGGUCUGGACAAUUGACUGCUAUUUUGGGCCCGUCCGGAGCUGGGAAGAGUACAUUGCUGAAUAUACUCGCUGGUUACAGGGUAUUAGGAGCGUCAGGUAUUAUCAGCACAAAUGGUGAAGCUAGAGAUCUGUCGUUGUUUCGAAAGCUGUCUAGGUACAUUAUGCAAGAUGACCUUCUCCAACCUCUCAUCACCGUGCAAGAGGCGAUGAUGAUGGCUGCGGACUUAAAACUUGGUGAAAAUUUGGACAAAGCCAAGAAGACUGUUGUGAUAGAUGAAAUAAUUAACCUACUCAGGUUGAACAAAGCCAAGAACACAGUAACAGAGAGGCUGUCAGGCGGAGAAAGGAAGAGAUUGUCGAUCGCUUUGGAGUUAGUUAACAACCCACCCGUCAUUUUCCUGGACGAACCCACUACUGGCUUAGACGAUGUAGCGUCAUCAACUUGCGUUUCGCUCUUGAAGCGAAUAGCUCGCGGCGGGCGAACAGUGAUUUGUUCCAUACAUACGCCAUCAGCCAGGUUAUUCUCCAUCUUCGACCAUGUUUAUGUGGUGGCUGAUGGUCGAUGUGCGUACCAAGGGACGUCGGCUGGUGUGGUACCGUUUUUACAAGAAUUAGGCUUGCCUUGUCCCACUACUUACAAUCCAGCUGAUUUCAUUAUCGACGUAUCCAGCGGAGAAUAUGGUUCGCACUCCGACAAAAUGAUAUCGAGUAUAGAGAACGGCAGAUGUCAAAAGUGGAGAUACUAUGCAGUUGAGAAUUGUUCUCAGGGCGAGGAGAUCGAACAGUUAAACAGUGGUGUAAUUGAGAAACACAAUUAUCACUACGAGAGUUCGGGGUACCAACAAUUUAAAGUUUUGGUUAGACGUAUGUUUCUACAGACUGUUAGAAAUAGGAGUUAUUUAUGGCUAAGGUUCGCUCUCCACGUAUUCAUUGCGACGAUCAUAGGGUCGUUAUUCAAUAACAUGGGUUUUGAUGGAUCGAAAACUUUAUAUAAUUUUGGUUUCUGCUUCGCGUGCAUAAUUGCUAUGCUGUACACUCCUAUGAUGCCUAUUUUACUUGCAUUUCCAUCAGAAGUAAUGAUAAUAAAACGCGAAUACUUCAACAGAUGGUACGGUUUGAAACCAUAUUUUGCUGCACUAUUCGUUUCGAGAACGCCUGCGACGAUUUUCUUCGCAUUGAUCUAUUUGAGUAUCGUAUAUCCUGCUACUGCGCAACCGAUGGAGUUGUCGCGCAUACUCAUGUUUGUUAGUACUUGUGUCAUGGUGGCUUUAGUAGCGGAGUCUAUGGGAACUGUUAUAUCUUCGACACUAAAUAUUGUAAAUUCAAUGUUUGUCGGUCCCGUAGCGAGUGUUCCCCUAAUGUUACUAUCCGUAUAUGGUAUUGGUAAUGGCGAUGACCCACCACCCUUGGUCUGGAAGAUAGCCAGGGCUUGUUCCUUUUUGAGGUAUGGCCUGGAGGGACUCAUUGUGGCUAUAUACGGACAGUCUCGAGCCGAUCUCAUCUGUCCAGAUGACGUUGAUUAUUGCGAAUUCAAGAAUGUUAAAUACUUUACGAAACUGAUGGGAAUGUCUGGUGUCUCAUUCUGGCUGGAUAUUAGCGUCCUCUUCGGAAUGUUACUAGCGAUGAACCUAGUGGCAUACUACCUUUUACGACAGAGGCUAUCGCCCAACUAUGCGUUCAGAGCGAUCAAAGUUUUGGGUCGCUUUAUUAAGAACAAAAUGAACAAUUCUCAUUAG